GGAAACGCCUCACCAUGAGCAUACGACGGCGGAAUGGCAAGCCGCGCCCAGACGCCGAGUUUGGCCGCCUGCGCUUGCCAGACGAAAAGAAACAAGCCAACAAGUACCGACUAAGAAGAAAGCAUGCUACCAGGGCCUGUGUCAUCAUCCCCUUGCUGAUUGUCAUCUUUUUUGGUCUUCUCCACAUGGUCAACGUAUUGCUAGGCUUCGUACCUGUUUUCCUCGACCAUCAUGCACGCCCUGGCUUGGAUUGGAGUCGAUACGACGAGUCGCAACUACUUGACAUUACACGUGACGUAGUACCUGUACCCUGCCAUUCGCACAACGACUACUGGCGACGAGUCCCGCUGUACGACGCACUCCACUGGGGCUGCAGCGGCGUCGAAGCCGAUGUCUGGCUCUUCGACAAUGAACUAUUCGUCGGCCACAACACCAACGCCCUGACGCAGAACAACACGUUCCGCUCCAUGUACGUCGACCCAUUGACACGCAUGCUCGACCACAAGAACGCUGCAACCACAUUUGCAACCACAUCCACGACCAAAAACGGCGUCUUUGACACAGACCCCGCCCAAACCCUCGUCCUACUCGUCGACUUCAAAAACGACGGCCACCAAAUCUUCCCCGUGGUAUCCCAGCAAAUCUCCUCACUGCGAGAAAAGGGAUACCUGACGCACUUUAACGGCACAUCCGUCGUCUCGGGACCCAUCACUGUCGUAGCCACCGGCAACGCCCCCUUUGACCUCAUCACCGCAAACGUGACCUACCGUGACAUCUUCUUCGACGCCCCACUCGACCAUCUGAUCCAAGACGAAACACCAGCCGAUUCCUCCACCACCCCCAAGCGCCAAGGCCAAGGCACCGUCGGCACAACUCCCAACUCGCACUUUGACAGCACAAACUCGUACUACGCAUCUGUCAACUUUGGCUCCUCCAUCGGAUGGCUGUGGUUCGGCCGCUUGUCCGAUACCCAGCUACACAAGAUUCGCACCCAGAUCCAUGAUGCCAAGCAGAGAGGUCUCAAGUCGCGAUACUGGAGUGCUCCAAAAUGGCCCAUUGGCCUACGCAACCGCGUCUGGAAAGUCCUCGUCCAAGAGGGUGUCGGAUACCUCAACGGCGAUGACCUGCAAGGCAUGACCGAGUUGAAUUGGGAUAUCAAGAAACACUGGGGUGUUUUGGGCUAAGAGUUAUUUUGACUGUGAAGGAGUGACAUGUGAUGAAAUGUUUUCUCUACUAGAUUUCUGUGCGACUUAGCGAUGUACUUCUUUUUUGGUUUGGUUUAGCUUUGGUGUUUCCUUUGGAAGAUACACCUUUCUUCUUCUUCUUCUUUUACAUUCUUCAUCUUCAUCUUCAUCUUCUUCUAAAUUUCUUUUCUCUGUCCCUGUUACCAAAAUAAUAGCUAAAAAGAGAAAGAAAGAAAAGAAAGACAAGAUCCCUUUCGC